CUGGCUCGGGUCCGCGGUUCCCGGUUCGGUCCCGCCAUGGGAGCCUGAGCGGCCCGCCGGCCCCCCGCGCCGGGGCCCCCCGAGGCGCAGAGCAGCGCGCGGACGCGAGGGGCGCGGAGCCGGCGCGGUGCGCGCCCGCCCGCCCGCCCGGAGCGGCCGGAUACAAAGGCGGCCGCGGCGGGGUCGGACCCUCGCUGUUUUCUCUCUGAGCUGAGCCCGCCCAUCCAGCAAGAUAGAGACCCUCCGGGUGCCGGUGGAGUUCCUGAAGGUGCCCCUUGGCCUGCGGAAGCCUGCGCUGAAGGAGGUGCCCGUGGGGCCCCCCGGGAGGCCCCCAGCCGCGGCCCUGGAGCGCUACAAGGCCCGGCGCUCCGACGCCAUGGACACCGAGUCCCAGUACUCGGGCUACUCGUACAAGUCGGCCCACUCCCGCGGCUCCCGCAAGCACAGGGACCGCCGAGACCGCCACCGCUCCAAGAGCCGGGACGGGAGCCGCGGGGACAAGUCGGUGACCAUCCAGGCCCCUGGGGAGCCACUGCUGGACAAUGAGUCCACACGGGGGGAUGAGCGGGACGACAACUGGGGCGAGACGACCACCGUGGUGACCGGCACCUCGGAGCACAGCAUCUCCCACGAUGACCUCACGCGCAUCGCCAAGGACAUGGAGGACGGCGUGCCGCUGGACUGCUCACGCCACCUGGGCGUGGCGGCGGGCGCCGCGCUGGCGCUGCUGUCCUUCCUGACGCCGCUGGCCUUCCUGCUGCUGCCCCCGCUGCUGUGGCGGGACGAGCUGGAGCCGUGCGGGGCGGCCUGCGAGGGCCUCUUCAUCUCCGUGGCCUUCAAGCUGCUCAUCCUGCUGCUGGGCAGCUGGGCGCUCUUCUGCCGGCGGCCGCGCGCCGCGCUCCCACGCGUCGUGGUCCUGCGCGCGCUGCUCAUGGUGCUGGUCUUCCUGCUCGUGGCCUCCUACUGGCUCUUCUACGGCGUCCGCAUCCUGGACGCGCGCGAGCGCAGCUACCAGGGCGUCGUGCAGUUCGCCGUGUCGCUGGUGGACGCGCUGCUCUUCGUGCACUACCUGGCCGUGGUCCUGCUGGAGCUGCGCCAGCUGCAGCCGCACUUCACGCUCAAGGUGGUGCGCUCCACCGACGGCGCCAGCCGCUUCUACAACGUGGGCCAUCUCAGUAUCCAGCGCGUGGCCGUGUGGAUCUUGGAGAAGUACUACCACGAUUUCCCCGUCUACAACCCUGCCCUCCUCAACCUCCCCAAGUCCGUCCUGGCCAAGAAAGUGUCCGGCUUCAAGGUGUACUCCCUGGGAGAGGAGAACAGCACCAACAACUCCACUGGCCAGUCGCGGGCGGUGAUCGCAGCCGCUGCCCGGAGGAGGGACAACAGCCACAACGAGUACUACUACGAGGAGGCCGAGCAUGAGCGGAGGGUGCGGAAGCGCAGGGCCAGGCUCGUGGUAGCCGUGGAGGAAGCCUUCACCCACAUCAAGCGGCUGCAGGAGGAAGAGCAGAAGAACCCCAGGGAGGUGAUGGAUCCCCGGGAGGCUGCCCAGGCCAUUUUUGCGUCCAUGGCCCGUGCCAUGCAGAAGUACCUGCGCACCACCAAGCAGCAGCCGUACCACACGAUGGAGAGCAUCCUGCAGCACCUGGAGUUCUGCAUCACCCACGACAUGACACCCAAGGCCUUCCUGGAGCGAUACCUGGCGGCCGGCCCCACCAUCCAGUAUCACAAGGAGCGCUGGCUGGCCAAGCAGUGGACGCUGGUGAGCGAGGAGCCAGUGACCAGCGGGCUCAAGGACGGCCUCGUGUUCCUGCUCAAACGCCAGGACUUCAGCCUGGUGGUCAGCACCAAGAAGGUGCCGUUCUUCAAGCUCUCCGAGGAGUUCGUGGACCCCAAGUCGCACAAGUUCGUCAUGAGGCUGCAGUCGGAGACGUCCGUGUGACCCCGUGGGGCACCUGGGUCCUGGGGGGGCUCGGGGCACCUCCUGCUCCCGGCGUUUUUACUUGAAUCAGCCCCUCCCGCCUCUCCCCGGAAGCCCCCCCUUCCCUCUCAAACCCGCGCACCCCAGGCCACUCCCGCGGGGAGCGGGUCCCCUCUGGAAGGUUCUCUGGGGGCGCGGGCAGUCCACACGCCUUCAGAGCAGGGGGAUCUCAUCCUUCACCCCGAGACCUCAUUCUGUUUCCGAACUUUCCCAUCCUGUGCCACUGUGGGUAAACUGAGGCAGCCCCUGGGUUUGGCGGGCUUUCCCUGGGCAGCCCCUUGUGGGGGCAGGAGAGACGCCCCCAUCGUCACCAGACCUCCGAACCUGCCUCCCCCCUUUGUCCUGGGCCGGGGGUCCCUGGGGGAGACUCUGCAGACCCCAUACUCCCAUUCGAUACCAGCAUUUUCCUCCCCAACCCCGCAAGCCGCCAUCCCCUCCUCCACUCCAGAGACCUGUGGCCUCAGGUACACGGGGGGGCACCGCUCCCCCCAGCCCCUGCCUUAAGCCCACUUUGCCUCAGGGGGCUCCUUGCUCUCCCCCACUGCUGGGCUCCCUCUGAGUGGGGGAGGGGCCUCUCCGCUGCCCGGGGGAGGGGUCCUCCCCACUGGCUCCCCGUCUUCACCUCCUGUCUC